GGGCGCGAGGGAGGGGGGAGGCGCGUUUCCCAGCAUGCAUCUCGAUUCAGUGCGGAGGAAAAUGAACUCGGCCAUGUCGUGUUAAACACAGGCUGAAAGAAAACGACGUCAAAUCACCGAAAAACCCUCUUAAGUCCGAUAAAACCCAGCGCGAAGAAGACCAGAGGAAUCGAGCAGCUGUAAAGGAGUGAAUUCGAGCGGAAAGAUGAGCGGAGGGACGCCUUAUAUCGGCAGCAAGAUCAGUCUGAUCUCAAAGGCCGAGAUCCGAUAUGAGGGAGUUUUAUACACGAUCGACACUGAGAACAGCACUGUAGCUCUGGCUAAAGUGAAGUCAUUUGGCACUGAGGAUCGGCCCACUGACAGACCUAUCCCCCCUCGAGAUGAUGUCUUUGAGUACAUCAUAUUUAGGGGAAGUGACAUCAAAGAUCUGACUGUGUGCGAGCCGCCCAAACCCACCUGCAACCUUCCUCAGGAUCCUGCCAUCGUGCAGUCCUCUCUGGCAUCCACCGCCGGUCCCGCGGCUCCUUCCUUCCAGUCAUACGCCCCCUUCAGUCGGGCUCCGUACAACCAGUUCAGCUCCAGUUCUCUGGUAUCCCAGCCGUUCGGAGCAGCGGUCACCGGUGGAAGCAGCUCAGGUCCUGCGUUCGGUAGCGAGGCGAGCACUACUGCCCCUCUGUCCCAGAGCUCUGCUCUUCCCCCGCACACUCGCUCGCUGAGUGCUCACAAACCCGAAGGUCGUUCCAGCCCAUCUGCGGAGCAUUUGAGGAAGACCCCGACCCAGGAGCAUGCGGUCCAGACGGCCCCGGUCGCUCCCGCUGCGGUUGCAACCAGUACAGCGAGUCAGAGGAGCCCUGCAGCUCCCCGACCGGCCCUCAACACCCAGAAAUCUGCUGAAAACCAGGAGCAAAAAGCGUCUGAUGUCCAGAAGGUUCCUCGGUCAGAAUCAGAUUCAAACAGGCCUGAUAACAAAGACCCAAACAAACGGCACUCUGGCGGCGGUGCUCCUCCUAUGAGAAGGGGGCGGGGCAGCGGUGGCGGAGGAGGUGGUGGUGGCGGUCCGCGUGGGCGGGGCAGGUUUAACGGGCGUAGAGAUGGACCAAUGAAAUUUGAGAAAGACUUUGACUUUGAGAGUGCAAACGCCCAGUUCAAUAAGGAGGAGAUCGACCGUGAGUUCCAGAGCAAACUCAAGAUUAAAGAUGAGAAGAGUGAGAAGUCGGAGAAGACUCUGAACGGGGAGGAGAAGGCCGACUCGGGUGUGGAGACCCAGAACAGCGAAGGCAACGUUGAAGAGGAGGAUCCGCUGGGACCCAACUGUUACUAUGACAAAUCCAAGUCCUUCUUCGACAACAUCUCUUGUGACGACACCAGAAAGGAGAAAUCGGGAGGUGCUUUUGGAAGGGAACGGAGGCAGACCUGGGCGGAGGAGAGGAGGAUGAAUGCAGAGACGUUCGGUAUUCCACUGCGUCACAAUCGCGGGCGCGGGGGUUUCCGUGGCAGAGGUGGCGGCAUGGGCUUCCGUGGCGGUCGCGGGCGUGCGGCGAGCAGGGGCUCGUUCAUGCCCUCCCGUGGGGGCGGAGGAGGAUUCAGGGGCGGGUUUAGAGGCGGCAGAGGAGGACGGGAGUUCUCUGACUUUGAGUACAGGAAGGAAAACAAAGUGGCGGCGUAGUCCAACAUGAAGAAGACCAGAUCAUCCGAACAGCCAAGAAUCUCCGAUCAUCACGUCUAGAUUAACGCUUUGGUUUUGACUCCUGACUAACGGGAACUGCCUCUGUUUAACACCAGCGCAGGUGACGCCUGCCUCCAGCUGGACACGCAGCUUUGAGUUUUUCUCCUUUCUUCCUUUUUUAGAAAAAGAAAAAAAAAACAUUUGAUGUUUUUCGGAAACGAAUGAUCUGCAUUUAAUAUGUUCGGAGGGGAGAGUUUGUGUACAAAAUGCCGUAACUUCCAUGGAACGCCGAUGAUGAUUAUUAUUAUCUGGUAUUUUUGCAUCAACCUUUAGUUCCUUUGGUAAUAAACAGAGGAUGGUAUUUGAUAUUAUUCUGUUAGGUGUACAGAACCCCGCUGAUACUGUGAGCGCUCCUCAGUCAAAUAGCUUUAUUAUGUUAUGAUUUAUUUUUUUGGGAAUCUGUUCUCUAAUGUCUUUUAAAGCACCAAAUCUCAGCGUAGAGGCGGUGGAGUUUGUGUCCGAGCUCCGCCACCGAAACGAAAUAAACUUUCAGUUUAACUCGACGGCUUCAUGCUCGUCCGUCUGUUAAACAGAGGUGCUUUGCUUCAUUGAAUAGAUCGACAUGGUUUGUAGUACUAGGUUUUGUAAUCAUUUUUUAGUUCACUAGUUUAUUUCAGCCCCCAAAUUUGUAAUUUAUCUCAUUUUUUUCUGUUGCAUUCUUCCCUGUUAUCGUCAGACAACAUUGUCUAGCAGUAGGUCAUUUCACAAAAACAUCCUGGUUCAUGAUUGAAUGUAUUGAUGAAUUCAACUCUUUCUUUUAAACGAUUCAUGUUCUCCCUGCUGGAUCAGACUGCUGUUCCUGUCUUCAAAAUGUAUUUUGCUAUUUGAGUGCCAGUUAUUCUUGCCUUUUGAUGUCGAUUAUGUACAUUUCUAAGAGGGCUUUUUGAUAUAAACUCGACACAAACCCCUUAAACGCACCGUUAAACACCAAGAUCUUCUGGAAAGAUCCUGUAACCCUUUAAGAAUCAGAUUGGACGUCUCGAAAUUGCUUUCAUGUGCACUUUAAAGUCACGUACGGCACACAUGAUGCGAAGGCUAAAUUGGAUGUCAUUUCAUAAUGCUCGUAUACCUUGUUUCAAAACUGUGGACAGAUGUGUGUCAAUCGAGACGCACCCAUUUACAGUAUUUCAGCAUCAAUUCAUAUACUAAUAAACGGGAUAAAAGGACAGAUGCGUUUAGUCUGAAUAGGAGGCGAGUGUCACCUGAAAUAAGUGUCCAUAAACCCCUCUAUUGUGAAUAGUUCCUGUUUGAUACACUUGUAUGUUAAUGUGUUAUUUCAGGUACCAGCUGUCUAUUGCUCUGUUAAUGAAGUUUGUUUACCCAUGAUCCCGUCUCUCCCCUUUGAAUGUCACUGAAGCACUCGUUCCUGCACUGUUAGAUGGGAGUAACUGUUGUUUUUGGUGUGCUUCAUAUUUUUAAUUUGUGUUUCAGAGAUCCAAAGACCGAAUUACGGAUAACAUUUGGAGGAGAAGUGCUCUCUCAGCCGGUUCUGCAUUAUUUUUCUCAUGACUCUCGUCCGUUUCAUAGUUUUCAACUCUACUUAGCUAAACCGCUCCCUUGAAAAAGCACUACGAAUCGCAGAGAUGUCCCGCAGGCAGCUAGUGAAAUGCAGUCUGAUCACUCAGACCAGGGCAUGAUGGGAAACCUCUGAGCGAGCCGCAGAUAUUGGUGCUGAGAUGUGAAACGAAUCCUGAUACCGAGAUGAAGUCGAAUCGAACCUUGUGUGAGAGUUUAAACUGGACAGAUGUGUGUUACAGGGUUGAUGGGAUUGUUGUGGUCAGUCCUCUGGAGGAAUUUGAUUGGCAGGUUUAUUAUUUUGUUUCUUUGUUUUUCUGAAUUAAAGCAGUUGUACAUGGUGUGCUCGUAGAGGGCUUCAGACGGGGCAAACUGAGCUUUUUAUUCAACAAGAGAAAUAAAUAGUUGUUCAGUA